AUGUCUACCUCUGCAAACGACCUCGCAGUGAUCGUCAAGGCUGCUCCACCUCUCAAAUCCCCAGCGGAUUGGCGUGACUGGUACAACUUCAUCAAGUCCCACGGAAAUCGAGUAAGAGUAUGGAAGUACAUCGACCCUACGACCGAGGAAGAUCCCGAGGAACCCCAGACAUACAGCAAGGAGGAAUACAACAAAUUGACGGAGUACGACAGAGACCAGAUCACUCAAUCGAGAAAGCUCGAGGAGAAUGUUCACAAAGCGAAAGUCAGGAUAGGAGAUAUCAUCUUCGCAAUCGUACCUGAGGAAGCGAGGCGUGGUUUCUCUAUCAACGAUACACCACGUCAAAUGCUCUCCUACCUCAAGUCUCGAUAUGGACCUGACGAAAACCAGUACGAGGAACUGGUGGAAACUGCCUGGGAACGCCUUCGCGUUCGUCCAAAGAGGAUGAAGCUACAAGACUGGAUCCUCGAAUGGAAACACUUCAAGGAAUACGCAGAAGAGCUAGGGCAGAAAACCACCUAUACUGAUCUGAAGCUUAUCAGAGAACUCAUCAAGAUCUGUAGACGUGAAGAUCUUGACCGAUUUUCAACUCGAUCUGAGGAUGCUAUAUGGGUUGCAAGGGAACCAGGAGGUAAUCCUGCACAUCUCAAACUGAAUCAUCACAUCGAGCUCUUUCUAAAGACGUACCCCAUGGAGAUACCGAAGCCUACCAAAGGGGCACUUUUCGCAACUCUCCAAGGAGAGACUCCAGAGCAGACGUCUCAACCAUCACAGAUGCCCCCUGCAGCGGCAUCACCGUCGUCGACUCCCGUCCCCCCUCAAUAA